AUGAACGAGUCUCCACACUCGUUCCAAGGCUUCGAUGAAGCUCAAGCCUCCCCGCUUUACGACCUGAUGGCCGAGGUCGGCUACUCUGAUUUCGACAAGGAUACCGUCACAACAGUCAUGACGCCCUACUCCUUCGCCUACGGCUCACGACCCGCACCCCUCGAAGACCCCUUCAUCGACGACCCCUUUGUCGACGACGAAACGCCCGCCAUCUCCUCCGCCACGCACCUGCCGCAGCCUUCCGACUACGACACCAAAGCCCGCAUCACAUCGUGGCUCGACGCCGUCGACCCCAUCGUCGCACCCCCGCGACCCCCCAGCCCAGACCUGUACCCCCUCGAGCCAGUGGGCCCCAGCAGCACCAGCACGCCGCAUGAAGCCGCCGCGCUCGCAGCCCCGGCAGCCUCGGCGGCGGCGGCGCCCGCGGCCCAGAGAGUGACAGUCACCGUCCUCGGCCCGGGCUUCGUCGGCCGCAUGCCCCGCCCCGCGACCGUCGAGUUCCAGGCGCUCCUGCUCGCGGCGCUGCUGGCCGUGCUGCUGGCGCCGCGCAUGACGCUCAUCCUCGUCUGCAGCGUGUCGCUGUCGCGGCUCGGCGAGAAGGCGCUGUACGGGGGCGACGCGGACGGGCGUGUGGGGUGCUGUGCGGCGGAUGAGCUGCAGGGGUACGAGGCCGGGAGGCGGGUGAGCGGCGUGCUGGGGAUGGGGAGCUGGUGA